AUAUUAAUUCAAAGUUGGAUAAGAAAUCACGCAAGCAGUUUCUAACAUACUAAAGUAUGUGUCGAAGUUUGUGAUACGUUUGGAUUCCGUGUUUGGGACAUCGGAUCGAGUAUUUGUAUUUACAGCACUGUGUCUUAGAAUCAAAUCCCAUCUUUUUUCCGAGAAAUUCUGUAGUCUAAUCGGUACAUCUCUGCUUUCUGUCACUCAUGGAGAGAUUUUCUUUGGCAAUCAUUUUGUAUUUAGAUACCUUAGUUUAAACGUUCCUCUCGUCUGCAACAGUUGAGUUUACACUUCCGUGUGGAGGACCUGAAUAGAAGACUGAACUAGACUUCUCUACUGACAUGUUUAACAAUGUUACUCGAGUGGUCAAUACGAGACAGAAAUCUAUAAUUCAGUUUGUUGAAGUAAUUAAAACUGACGUUAUGGGUGAAUCUGAUACAUACCUUAAAGUCAGAGCCGAAGUGAGGCCUUAAGCAACGACUGGGUCAGGUAUCUGUGACAUUGAUAGCGUCGUUCGGAGUGUCUUGUAUUUAUUCGAACUUACUAAAUGUGCAUAUCGACUAAUCGAGAUGUAAUUUUGUGUUGAAAGCCGUGUACUGGAUUCUUCAGCUAUUCAUAGAUAGUCAGGUUCCCAAAUGGAUCCAAUUCAUAUAGCCUUGAAGGGUUCCGAAUAACUUACCACUUCAGUUUUUGGUGACAGGAAAGCUGUAGAUUUUAUGAUGGAUUCUAAUUUACGUACUAGAAACUUCUACCGCGCUGGAAGAGGAUUUAUAAUUGCCAAACGCAUCUCAGCAUCUCGGAGCAAUGAUGUGAGCGACAGCAUGCCAUACAAAUCACACAAGGACAAGAAGUCCCUAUCUCGUCUGAACUUGGCCGGCGAAAAGUCCAGCAGCAGUAAAGGUCCGCUCUCAGACCUUGAAGAGGAAUUUAUUUUUGCGGCGGAGUUUGGUGACAUUCCGACAGUAAAGCGGCUCUUAGAAGAACACCCAAACUUCAAUGUAGAUUUCAACGACAUUCUUGGGCGCACUCCGCUUCGUUUGGCGGUUGGCAAUGAACACUUGGAGGUUGUGGAAUUGCUACUUGAUCGGUCAAAUGCUGCCAGCAUUCACGAGGCGCUUUUACAGGCCAUUAGUGCCGGUCACGAACAAAUUGCAGAAACAAUAUUAAAGCAUCCAAAAUACAGAGACGUCAGGCGGGAGAACAAGCGCUUUGGGGAGACGGAUUACUUCUUUAAUACAACCAGUGAGGACUCCCCUUUCUCCUCUGACAUCACACCUUUAAUUCUCGCCGCCGAGAGGAAUCAGUUUGAGAUUGUUCAGCUUUUGUUAUUACGGGGGGAAACCAUUAGGAAGCCCCACCACUACUAUUGUAACUGCCAAGAAUGUAGUAAUAAGCUUGUCUUUGACCAGCUGCGAUUAGCCAAAACUCGACUGAAUGCGUACAGGGGGCUAGCCAGUAGUGCUUACAUAUCGCUAUCUAGUAACGACCCCAUACUGACAGCAUUCGAACUCGCUAGAGAGCUUAGAUGUGUUGCAAAAGUUGAAAAAUAUUACAAGAGUGAGUAUUCAGCCUUAGCUGACCAGUUAAGUGAGUACGUGGUCCGGCUUCUGGAUAAGGUCAGGGGUCAUGAUGAACUCGAAAAACUUCUGAAUAAGAGGAAACGUGAGGCUAACGAUGAAACAUAUGAGCAAUUAUCCAGACUGAAGUUGGCAAUCCACUAUAGUGAAAAGAAAUUUGUGGCCCAUCCUAGUUGCCAACAGAAAUUAGUCAGUAUCUGGUAUAACGAUCUAAGGUCUAUGGAGCGAUCUAACUGGUUCUUCCGGUCACUUAUGGUCCUCGGGGUCACCUCUAUGUACCCUUUGCUAGCCAUUCUCUACUGGUUCGCUCCACAUUCUAAGGUAGGGCGUUUUCUAACGUAUCCUUGCAUCAAAUUCAUCGGUCACGCCAUGUCCUUUGUCACCUUCCUGGUCAUGAUCCUGAUUUCCAGUGCGGAGGGAACGACGGACCUCAGCCGUUUAUCGUCGUUCCCAGGUCCCUAUAUGCACUACCUCUGGUAUAAAAACCACAGCCGCUUAACACUACCUGAAGAUUUCGUCGUCCGCACGUGUCGACCGGAACUCAUACAGAUUGGGCUUAGUUUAUGGAUAAUAGGUAUGCUUUGGCAGGAGAUAAAACAAGUGUUCAGUGAGGGACUGUAUGACUACUUUGAUUCUCUGUAUAAUUACUUGGACGUCGCCGUGCUCACGCUUUACUUGUCGUCAUUCACCUUGAAGUAUGUCUGCAUAUGGAAGGUAAAUGUAGCUUUGAAAUACUUUGAGGCUCGUGAUCCGUGGGAGAAGUUGUUAAGGAGUGAUCAAACAGCUGCGAAACAGAUGUACUGGAUUAUAGCAGAUAGAUUUUACUGGGACUCUUUAGAUCCCCACAACAUAGCGGAAGGAUUGUUUGCCAUCGCAAAUGUUAUCAGUUUCACCCGAGUCUCUUACAUCUUACCAGCCAAUGAAAUGUUCGGUCCCAUGCAAAUCUCUAUAGCGCGAAUGAUGACGGACAUUAUGAAAUUUUUAGCUAUUUUUCUGGUGAUUCUGAUUGCCUUUAUGGUGGGUCUACACAACCUUUACUGGUACUACCCAAAACAAGUUCGAGAGAAAGUAGAGUUUAUGAAAAACAACAUCACGGUGCGUGCAGAGGAAGCCUUUGGAAUACCGGAUAAGACGGUUCGGACAGUAUUCUGGUCCCUGUUUGGGCGAGGGGACGCAACCAUUGUAGAGUUGGAUGAAUUUAAUCAUAUAUUUACUCAGUAUGUUGGAUACUGGAUAUUUGGCGCCUACAACUGGUGCAGUGUCAUUGUACUGUUAAACAUGCUGAUUGCAAUGAUGUCCAGGUCAUUCGAAAUCAUCCAGGAAGACUCGGACACAGAAUGGAAGUUUGCCCGCAGUAAGUUGUACAUGGACUACAUUAAGUCAGGUGCUACGUUACCCAUUCCCUUCAACAUGAUUCCCUCUCCAAAGUCUGUAUGGAAACUGUGUUCUCGAAUAGGUAAAUGUUUCUGUAAGAGUGAGACAGGGGAUCUGAGACCACACCCGGGGCGGAUCAAAGAUGUGGAACUCUACGCCAACAGUCCAACAGCAACGUCAUCUGGCUGGGAUAGUUCUCAGACCUCGUACCAAGCAAAUGGUAUAAAGAGAUUCCGGGAAAGAAUGCAGACAACCAAUGGUUUUGUAAGAAGUGACUCAGAGCCAAACUUGUUCGAGGAAAAGCUAACUUACAAGAGAGUUAUGAAGAGGAUUGUAAAACGGUAUAUAUUUGACAUGCAGAGAGAAAACGAUAACAAUGACGAUUUCGACGAAAUAAAACAGGAUAUAUCCAGCUUCCGAUACGAAAUUUUAAAUCAUUUACAAUCUAGAGAGCAGGAAGGUAGACAAUGCCGUGAAAAGAUGGAUGUGAUGGAGCAGAAAAUGAAUCACCUAAUGAAACAACAAACAUUGCUGCUCAACAGUCUUAAAACAACAAUCAGUGUAGACAUUAAUCAAAACGGUGGAAAUCCUAAUGACGUUAGAAGAAACAGUGAUAACAUUGAUAACAUAUUAGGUUUGACAGCUCCCCCAUUGUCAGAAAGUGCUUAUUCUUCUUUAGAAGAACCAUCAGGUGAGGAUGAGUUCAUCCAACAACUGUCUCAAUCUAGAAACCAGUAUUUAGAGGACAUCCCGGAAGAGGAAGGGACGUCCCACCGGGACAGUCGUCUGAAGGUCAGAUUGCGCUCUGACAGUCAGGACACUAAUACGUCACCACGAUUGUCACGUCAGCAAUCUCUGGAUGACGAAAACUACUCUACAGAAGAUGUAAUCGUUAAUGUAAUGGAUGAAAAUGACGUCAAAGGUUCUUUUGAUGCGAAGCUGUGAUAUAAAAACGAAAGUGGUUGUUGAAUGUUUGGUUGUGUUUGUUGAAAUCCUCAAUUUGUUGUUGAAAUAUUUCAGUAUUUUGAUGUUGAGAUUCUGUUUGUUGGAAGAAAAUCUAUUUUCCAUUUCACGAGGAAACAGUGACCACAGGAUUUUCUUACUAUAAAAAAUGUAACAUAAUUUGUAUAAAUUCAUAUUUAUUUCAUUUGAAUAUAAUUUGAAACUAUUUUCCGCCAGAUCAUCUCUUUACACCAUUAAUCAUUUCAGUAUUCCAUACUUCUACAAAGGAGAAGAUGAGCGGUUGAUUUUCUUUCAAUCCGUCCAGGUAUAUACAUGUACCUUGACCUUUUGGUAGGAUUUAUUUCAAAGUGGCAGGGAGGCCUUGAGUGAGGAAAAUCAAUUUUGGCGAUGCGUUACUUUUAAAACAUCUGAUGUUGAUUCAUUUUAUUUCAUAGUACAAACAUUCCGUUCGAUUAAUUUUCUUUCAACUCGGCAUGACAAGGUGAUAAUGAAAUGUAAGGUCUUGGAUUUCUGUUCGACCGUAAUUUUGUAAAUACUAGUAUAUAUUCAACAUUGAAUAUGGAUUAUCUUUUGUUGGACAAGAAUCACCAAACAUUUUCAGCAAAUUCAACUUGGAAGGAUGGGCUGCACAAAUUUCACACCUCGGAUCAUUUAACGUGUUUAUUUGAUGCAUUUUGAGGGUGCGUGCUGCUGCCCGAAAUGAUGUCACAAUAAACAUAUUAUUGAUA